UCUUUUUGUAUUGUACGUAAUUAAUUGGUCCUGACUAUGUCACCAACGAGCAGCGAAACAAGUACAGCUAACGAAGAAACUAACAAUAGCCAAGUAGAGCUUGAUACAGAUAAGUGGUUUAUAAGAGACUGUGAUGUCUACAAGGAUGAAUAUAAAGAGUGCACAAGCUUCCGCGGCCGUUUCCACCAGUACUUCAUUUUCGGUGAGACCCUCAACUGCAACCAGUGGAAGAAGGACUAUGAUAACUGCUGCAAGUGGGAAUCUGACAGGGAUGAGAAGGCAGCGACAGCACUAAUAGAGAGUGAAAAGGCGCGUCGCUUGGAGAGACUAAAAGCCCACUACAGAAAUGAUAUCUGGAAGAAGCGAGAGGGUCCACCCGCUGACUGGGAUAAGCCUCUACCCGAGUGGAUGCAGAAGAGACAGGAGAACACAUUCCUGGACCACAAGGCUAAGGAAUAUAGAGAAGGAACGCUAGGAGAGACUCCUGGGGAAUGGGGGUGUUCUAUCAUGUGAUAUAUUAUACAAAUUAGUAUUAAUAUUUAUUAAAUAUAUUAUGUAGGUGUUUGAGUAUUA